GCCUUUUCCCAUGGUCCUUAGUCCCACUUCCCUCUCUCUCCACCCUCUCCGCUAACUUCAGUUCUGUGUGAGACUGGCAAGGGAGGAGGAGGUCGCUUGGACCAAGUGCAGCUUCAGCUGCUCGGGGGCAGUAAAGAGCAGAGAAGGGAAGUGUGGAAAGACUGAAUUGCUCGCCUGCCUGUUCUUCACUAUGCUCCCCAAUGCUCUAUCUGCCCGUACUGGUGUCUACUGGGAUAUAGUGGGUUCCUCUGCACUACUAGAUUCAACUCCAGGCUUUGGGAACCUGGGAAAGAGUUUCCUAAUUGAGAACUUGCUUCGACCGGGAGAUGACUCUCCGCAGUGUCUUACAGCUCCUUCUUCCUCAAAUCGUUCCAUAGCAGCAGUUGCAGUUCACAACUCAGAAAUCCUAGAGCAUCCCCUCUCGUCCAGUCCUGUACCUCUCAAGUUGUGCAAUGGAGCAGAACAAGUCGGGAGUCCUUAUCGGACUCAUUGGGCUUUUCAGGUGUUUAAUCCUUCGACUGACAGCAGACCUUUGCCAGGCCAGGGAGAUCAAGGUGGUGCCUUCCAACUUGCAGUCCCAGCUUCGUCCAAACUUUUUUUUCUGAGAGCCCCACAAUUCUACUCAACCUGCUGCGGUGGGUCCUGUCAGCACCCUGCAUCCCCCACUGCUUUGCCAAGAGAGGACAGUAUGUUGCCUCUACUAACAGAAGACUCCAAUUCCAAAGCUCAGAGAGGAAUUUUGAGAAGAGCUGUGUUUUCUGAUGACCAGAGAAAAUCUCUGGAGAAAAUGUUUCAGAAACAGAAGUAUAUCAACAAAACAGACAGAAAGAAACUUUCCAUCAGUUUGGGACUAAAGGAGUCACAGGUGAAAAUUUGGUUUCAAAACAGAAGGAUGAAGUGGAGAAACUGCAAAGAAAAAGAAGCCCUUUCCAACCAAUAUGCCAAGGAAGAAGGCAUUCAAGAGAAUCAAAUUUCAAGAUCUACUCUAGGCUUUACUUCUCCUUGUUCUAAAAUAUGGAAAGUAUCUCAACAGCAUUCAAGUUCAAGAUGGAGGGAAAAUUCACCAGAGCCUUCAGAAAGAUUAAACCAUGAGAAUUCAUUGCAGCUACUUCCACAAGUGAAUUCCCAUCAGGGUCCAUUGUAUUUAUACUCUGAAGCAGACACUGAAGACAAGGCAGUUACUGCAGCCAUAUGAAAAAUAACAAAACUACACCUAGAUUAAACAGCAGAAUCUUAAAAUGGAUGCCUUUUGAAACUAACAAUAUUUGAACACUAAAAUCAAUUAGUUUGAAUUUCAGCAAUGUCUAAACUCGUUAACACCACUGGGGAAAAUAUGAGAACUGGUGCUUUAAAAAAUAUUUUCCAUUAUUCACUUUUCUUCUCAUUUAUGUUAUUGUCCUUUUGCUAAAUUUAUAAGUGAAAUUGAAAUAUAAGGAAACAUAAAUGCAAAAUGAUACCUGAACUUGGCUUUGUUUUAUGACCCUACUUUGCAUAUGCAUGUAUAUAUGUACUCACAUAUUUCAAUUCUUUAAUGACUUGUAAUUAAAUCAGUGUGGGGACUUCCCCCACCAAUACAGAUCACAACCAAUCUGUAGUUUGUCAGAUUUUCUUCCAUAGUUGCUAUAGCUGACCGGGUGACAAGCCUCUCAUAAAUUAGCUAGCUUGGGUCAGUUAGGUCACUCAGUAGAUAGAGAGCCAGGCACGGAAACAGGAGGUCCUGGUUUUAAAUCUGGUCUCAGACACUUUCUUAGCUGUGUGACCCUGGGCAAGUCACUUAACCCCCAUUGCCUAGCUCUUACUACUCUUCUGCCUUGGAACCAAUACUUAGUAUUGAUUCUAAAACAGAAGGUAAGUUUUCUUAAAAGAAAUAAAAUUAGCUAGGUUAAUUCCUGGACCAAAAACACAUUCCAUUCAUACUCAAAACCUUUCCAUUGUUGUAGGAUCUGUUAGUAAUUAUUCACAUCAAAAACCCAGGGUUACUUCUCUACCAUAAUGAGGUGUUGGAAUAAGACUUUAGUUGAGGUUAUAUACAUAUAUCCUCACAUAUUUUCAUACUGAUGCAUUUAUCUUUAUAGUUCUAUCUUUAUGCAUUCUAUACAUAUAUGUAUACAUAGAAAUCUAUAUGUAUAAUAUAUAUUUCUCUCUGUAAAUCCAUAUGCUUACAUAGUUGUUUACAUAAAUAUGUGCAUAUAAACACAUAGGAUAAUAGGAUCAUGUAUUAAGAGCUGGAAUAUAUCAUAGAGUCAUCCCCCUUCAUUUAACAGAUGAGGAAAUUGAAGCCCAGAAGUGUUGUCAGUCAAUAAGCAUUUAUUCAGUGUUUAUUAUGGGCCAUGGUUUGUGUUAAAUUCUGAGGAUACAAAUAAAGACAAAAACAUGAUGCCUAUGCUCCAGGAAUUCAGAUUCUGAAUUGGGAGAAAAUGUGAAAACAACUAUAAAUUGUGGCAUGAAAAUGUAAUAAAGGUCAACUGAAGCAUA